AUGUUUCAUUUUAUAAAGCAAAGCUGGGUUCGACAGGGGAUUCUUAUUCAAACCCGAAAUAUUAAUCGGUUGUAUCCAAAGAUGCGAAUCCCUAAACGACCAGAAGUUCCUUUAGGAACAAAAAUUGCUGAAGCAGAUGCUUCCGCAGAUGUAUACUACAAUCCACCUGCAUCUUCGCCAGACACCCGAAUUACACCGCUGUUAUUCCGUUACGAUGCUCCAUCAGUAAAAGAACGGACGGCGCUAGCAGAGAAACUUAAGGACUCAUUAUCUCCUUUUGUAUCUAGGAAAUCUAUUUCAAAGGGAAACCUUCGUUUUUCCACUAAUCAAUUGACGGAUGAGGAAAAGAAUGCAAUUCACGACAUGCGGUUGUCCAACCCAGACGAGUGGACAACCGGAGCUUUGUCUAAAAAAUUUCAAGCUACUCGUCUUUUAAUUUCCAGGAUCUGUGAAGCACCGAAAGAACGGUUGGCAACAGUGGAAGAGGAACUGGAUCAGCAGAAACUUCGCUGGGGCAAAGGGAAACGCCAAGUUCGAAGAGAAAAGAUAUCUCGAAACACCUUUCGUGUUAACGAACGUGUUUCUAAAUUCUAA